AUUUUUCUAACCUUAAUCUUUUUGUUAAGUUAUGGGUUUACUUCCUAUUCUAUCUGAAAUAUAAAUAAACUAUAAAAUGAAGAUACCUCUAAGUCAAUGUUGCAGAUGUAUAAGUACAAGCCGAAGUUUGAAUAAGAAGGUCAUACCAAAUAACGCAAAAAAUAAAGGAGUAAGUUCUCAAUUGUGGUUGAAGAGGCAGUUAUCAGAUCCAUAUGUAGAAAAAGCGAAACAAAUGAAUUACAGAUGUCGAAGUGCAUUCAAACUUGUCGAAAUCAAUGAAAAGUACAAAAUUUUACUUCCUGGACAAACAGUUAUCGAUGUUGGUGCUGCUCCUGGAUCUUGGACUCAAGUAGCCGUAAAAGAAGUCAAUAGUAAAAGUGAUCCAGUUUCUACUCUGGAAAGAGUAGGAAAAGUAAUUUCAAUAGAUAGGCAGAAUAUAUACCCAAUAGAGGGAGCUGUAAUAUUGAGUGGCAUGGACUUUACGGAACCCAAGAAUCAAACAAAUCUGAAAAAUGAAUUAGGUGGAACUAAAGCUCAUGUUGUCAUGUCUGAUAUGGCACCGAGGGCCUCAGGUAUACGAGAAAUGGAUAAUGAAAACAUGAUGAAAUUAUGCUAUAGUGCUCUGAGAUUUGCUGUGCAGGUUUCAGAAGUUGGUGCUACAUUUCUCGUGAAAUUGUGGCAGUGUGGACAGUCCAAACAGUUGGAAACAGAUAUAUCUCGUUUUUAUAAUAAUGUUAAAUUUGUUAAACCACAAUCUAGUAGAAAUGAUUCAGCUGAAGUCUUUAUUUUAGGUAGAUCUUUUAAAGGAUUAAAACUAAGUUGAAUAUAAAUAAGAUAUAUGGAAUUAAAUUUAAUUUUAAAAUUGAGAAAUAAUUUCAAUAUAAAAAAUGACUAGACAGAUAAAUAUAUUAUUUUGAUGAUUAUUCAAUAAUAUUAAUCAAAUACAUAUUUGAAAUAAGCAUUCAUUAUAGAUAAGUAUAUAAGUU